UGCAGGCUGCGCUGUCGCCAUGCCGCAGGUUUGACUUACAGUAUCUACAGUACGCGCUUUCUCGUUGAGGUUCAUGAGUUGCCAUGGCUCCGUUCGGAAGAAACUUUCUCAAAGCUCGCUUGAAAAACAGGUCUGAGAACAAAGAGCCGCUACCGGGGAAGGAGGUACAGGUGUGGGUGUGCCAGGAGGAGAAGGUGGUGUGUGGGGUGACGAAGCACAGCACGUGUGCGGAUGUGGUGCAAGCCUUGCUGGAGGACCAUCAGAGUUCAGCAGAGGGCAAGGUUCUGUUGGGUGAGCCCUCGGAGUACUGCCUCCUGGAGAGGUGGAAGGGUUUUGAGCGUGCCCUCCCGCCUCUCACUCGGAUUCUCCGGCUGUGGAACGCUUGGGGGGAUGAGAAGCCCUUCGUGCAGUUCAUCCUGGUCAAGGCCGGCGAGUCCCGGCCCCCGCCCUGCAAGGGGUCCUCCAGGCCAAAGGGGGCGCCGUCCAAGCCGAGGUCAGCGGCAAAGCGGCGCGACCAGGCCCCAGCACAGUACGUGCGGUCCCUGCCGGUGGAGAGGCAGAGGAGGAUGGUGAAGAAGGCCUUCCGGAAGCUGGAGAGGUUCAGGGAGCGGGAGAGGAGGCCGGUGGAGGAGGGGAGGAUCGGCGGGCUGGUGCAGCUGAUCAUCGAGCAGGACCACACCAUCAGGGAGCAGGUGCACAGGAUGAGGGAGCUGGAUGUGGAGAUUGAGCGCAUCGAGCGGGGUCUAGGGCUGGGCGGCGGGGCAUCUGCGCCCGAACGGGACGGCGCCCUCUGCCCCGACCUCAGCGAGCCAGCGGAGAUCUGGCUCCAGGAGGACCUGUACGGCGCCGACGGAGUCGAGCGCUUGGAGGCGCAGCUGGAGCGGCACAGGGACCUCAUUGAAAGGCUGUCCCAUGACAUUGACGCGGAAUUAAAAAGCGUGUGGCACUCAACGGGCGCUGACGAGCUGCGGGGGGCGACGGCGAGCGCCGGCCCAGACCCCGAGGACCCGGCGGGCGUGGCCGAGCUGGAGACGCUCAGGAAGGACCUGGAACACAGCAUGCAGAGGGGCCUGAGCCUGCACGCACAGGUGACGGACCUGGAGAAGGAGCUGCAGCGAAACGAUGCGGCGCUCUCCUCCAAAAGCCGGGAGUGCGAGCAGCUGGCCGCGCAGCUCAGCUCUCUGCAAGUCUCCGGCACCACAGAGCGGGUGGGGCCCCCGAGCCCCACGGACCAAUCACAGAUCUGCGGCUCGCAGGGAAAGCUGUGCCAGAUCCUGUCCCGUCUGGAUGGGACAGACACGGACUCGGACACCGGAAUAAGCUCCACCCACAGCCAGGACUCGCUGUCCCCCUGCAGGGACAUCCUUCCGCCUCUGGACACAGAUGUGUGAUCGCUGCAAACGCUGAAUUAUUGAUCUGCGUGGUUUUAAAAAUCAACCGAAAAGCUAAACUCAGUGCCUAGUAUUUGAGUGCCUGCUUUAAUCCAGGUUUCAAUUGCUGCCCUCUCUCUCUCUCUCUGCCCAAGGGUGUUGAGUUUGACACACCCCUCCAUCAGAAAGGAGCGCGUUCCGGAAGUUUUAUCACGCUGAAUCACUGGAGGAAGGGUCUGUGAUCUGUGAUUGCAUUUGUUUUGACUUGUUGCACUGUCAUGC